CAUCUCCCUGCGCGACGCGUGGGCAGCCCUCUCUGGGUCUCGUGCAUCUACCGCCGCCAGAAGCUUCUUUGGCCUCUUCAAACCAGGGACGGAGGUGGCCGGUAAGAGCUCGUUCAUGGCUGGCUUCGGGCUGGGCUUCCUGGCGUUCGCUCUGAAGAAGCUGCUGCUGCCGGUGCUGAUCGGCGCGCAGAUCGCCAAGUCCAUCCUGAUCGCCAUGUUCCUUCCCUCACUGCUGGGCGGCCUGGGCAAGGUGCUCAACAGGGGUGUCUCCACGUUCGCGUCCGCCUCCAGCGCCUCCGGCUCCAACGGCGGUGGCGCGGGCGGCGCCGCCAACUUGGAGGAUUUCGAGUUCAAGGACAACCUGGACGCCGCUGAGAGCAGCUACCCGAGCGGGACGUUCGCCUACCCCGAGACCCCGGGCGUUCUGCCUGCCUCGGCCAUUUACAAAGACCAGUCCGCCGUCAGCAGUUUCAAGCCGACGGCGGCGCCGAAGCUGGGGAUGGGCCUCGGUAGCUACUACGGGUCGCGGCCAGCGGUGUUGGGUCCUGGGGUCAAGUCCCCGCGACCGCACGACUUCAAGGUGUUCCAUCAGAUCCCGAAGUCGUCGCUGCUGCUGAGCCACUACGACCCGUUCUACAGCCCUCUGCUGUCUCGGCUCGACAGCGUCUUCAAGCAGCUGGGCAGUGACUCGGAGCCGUGCCGCGAGCAGCUCGUCUGCGAGAUGUACAGCAGCCCAGCGCGCUUCGCGCCCUACUCCAACCUCGUCUCCGCCCAGCUCAGCAGGGAGCUGAACGAGUUGCGGAAGCCCUCGACGGACAAUCCGGAGAUCCUGCGCUUCUUCCGCUACAUGAAGGCCGCCAAGGACGGGCAGGACGGGCUGCCGUGCGCCCAGCUACACCCCGGCUGCUCCGCCUCGGCGUCGCGGCCGCCGCUGCUGCAGACGUUCCACGACAUCAACAAGCUGGUACACGCGCGGAGGCUGGGCCGCCUACUCACAGCAGACUCUGUGACUGAGUCCCAGCCGACCGAGGUCGGCGAGUACGUCAUUGCUGAGGCCAUGGUUCCAUUGCCCACCGUCGCAGACAACAUUCCGAAUCCGACAGUAGAAACAGAGCAUGGUAGUUGAGUUUCUGACGCGAUAACAAUGGCAGUACACUAAGUACCCACUCCAUUACUGCAGACCACUGCACUACCAAAUGAAGUAAUCAGAAACGUGUCUUUCAUUCCCAAUGAGGUACUUCCGUGCGACUAUUUUCGACAUUCAAGGCAGUUCAUUUUUUUUUUGUAUAUCUGAAUAGGGUCCUCAG